GAGAUAUAUCGCGCAGUUCUUUUUGGACUAUGUACAGAAAAUACAUGGAGUACCGAGAGUUGUCCGUGCGGAUAGAGGAACGGAGAACUCCUUGGUUAGAAUAAUUCAAGUAGCGUUAAGAUCGAAUGAUCACGAUUCAAUGAGUGGCCUAAGAAGUUUUUUGUAUGGCAGAUCCGUUGCAAAUCAACGUAUCGAAGCCUUUUGGUCAUACUUACAACGACUUUGUUCUCGCUUUUGGAUUAAUCACCUAAAAGACCUUCAGGACAGAGGACUAGUAGACACAUCUAAUGAUGUUCAUGUUGAAUGUAGAUUCUGUUUAACCGACAUAAUUCAAAGAGAUUUUUCGCGUAUGGCCAGAAUGUGGAAUCAACAUAGAAUUCGCAGUCAAACAAAUUUGGAGAUCCCAUGUGGAAAACCCGAUAUACUAUAUUUCUUACCAGAAAUAUACGGAUCAAGAAAUUAUAAAUUUCCAUUGCAAUUUUCUGAUGAUGAUAUUGAAGAGGUAAAACGUGACUACUGCGAUGUACUUCCCGAGUACGGAUGCUCUCCAGUCUUUGCUGGUGGAAUUUCUGAAAUUAUUGGAAACAAUUUAGAUAAUUAUACGAUGCCAAAUACUUUUGAGGAAAGUACACAACUGUUACUUUAUCUUAUUGACAUUUUUGAUGAAAAUUUUGUUGCUUUAUAAUAAUACGAAAUGUUCCCAAACUUAUAAAUUUGCCAGA